AUGGAGACGCAGCUGAAGGAAGAUAGUUCAGACAACUUAAAGGAUCACACAGGUACAGCUCGUCUCCACGAUCGCUAUGGAAACGAGUUUAAGCAACUCAGCUGCAAUGACUACCACAUUGCGUGGGUGUGCCCUGUGGCGGACAUCGAAUUACUGCCCGCUCGGUUGAUGUUGGAUGAGGAGUAUCCCACACCGCCAUACAAUACAUACUACGACGAGAACACUUAUAUCUGCGGCACGAUCAAUGGCCAUGCCGUCGUCGUUGCCGCUUGUCCCCAGGGAGAGACGGGCAACGUCAAUGCGGGACGCUUGACGGGAUCCAUGUUUAAGACCUUUCCCAACAUCAGAAUGGCAGUCCUUGUUGGGAUUGGAGGUGGGAUUCCCCGUCCACACGUCUCUGGGAAUCCUCUCGACGACAUUCACCUUGGAGACGUGGUCGUCGGAUGGCCUGGUGACGGAAAGCCUGCUUGUAUCUAUCAUGACAGGGGCAAGUCGAAAAUCAACGGGCAGUUCGAGGUGGUAGGGACCAUGCAGAACCCAGACUGGAGACUCACGAACGCUCUGAGCAUUCUCGUGUCAGACCAUAAGUUGCGCCGCACCAGAUUCCAUGAUCAACUUGCACGAUUGCGAGAUUUCGACGAAUUCACCCAACCCGGCUUUGACCAAGAUAGGCUUUUCAAGGCUGCGUAUUGCCACGUCGGAAAAUACGGAUCUAACUGCGCGGCAUGCGAUCAAAACGAGCUCGUCCAGCGUCCCCAACGAACUACAAAUGACAAAAAUAAGUUCGUCUUUCAUCUAGGGAGAAUCGCUACCGGCAAUGCAGUCGUCCAGAAUGGCGAAGAGAGAGAUAGGAUAAGCGCGAAAUGUGAUGGGGCGCUUUGUGUUGAGAUGGAAGCGGCGGGGGUCGAUGUCAACAGAAGAUGUUUAGUCAUUCGUGGCAUCUCAGACUAUGCAGAUUCUCAUAAGAACGACGUUUGGAGGUCCCAUGCGGCUGGAAAUGCGGCCGUGUUCACCAGAGAGCUGCUCAGCAGGAUUCAACCUGGUACAGUUGAAACAAUGGAAAUCGAAGUCGCCCUCUCAACUGACUCCCAGCGACUUGCGAUAUAUGGCCUUGGCGGCUGUGGAAAGUCGGCUCUUGCACUCGAGUCGGUUUAUCGUGCGAGAGAGCAGCUGCCAGCCCGCGCCAUCUUCUGGGUACCAGUGGUUAGCCGAGAAACCUUUGAGCAGGCAUACCGAGAGAUAGGGACGCUCUUGCGUAUACCGGGAAUUGCGGAUGGCAAGGUUGAUGUGAAACGACUCGUCAGGGAAAAAUUGAGUGACGAAAGGUUUGGAGGAUGGUUAAUGAUCGUUGACAACGCCGACGAUGUUACCAUCCUUUUCGACUCGCGUGAAGUGAACACCGCUGCGGAUCCGUUGAUUGACUACCUCCCGCACAGUCGAAAAGGCUCCAUCGUCUUUACCACCCGUACUCGAGCAGCUGCAAUCGAUCUGGCUGGGAAUAACGUUAUAGAGCUGGGUGAGUUGAGCGAAGUAGAAGCUAAGGAAUUAUUGAGGACGCGCCUACUCCCAAAGCAUCAGCACCAGCUCGAGGAUGAAAAGGUCGUUGACUUGUUUCUCAAAAUGCUCGCCUUCCUGGCCCUAGCUAUCGUUCAGGCAGCUGCGUUUAUCAACAAAGCCAACAGCACCCUCUCAGACUAUACGUCCAUUUACAGGGACAGAGAGAAAGAUGCCAUUGAUCUGCUGAGUAAAGAGUUUCACGACCAGGGCAGACACCAAAAUACGAAGAAUCCAGUAGCAACAACAUGGUAUAUAUCAUUCGGGCAUAUCCAAAGUCAAAAUGCGCUUGCUGCAGAGUAUUUAUACUUUAUGGCAUGCACAACUGGCGAGAAUAUUCCUGCUUCGCUGCUGUUGCCUGGGGGUAGUGAAUUGGAGGCUGUAGAGGCGAUUGGAAUGUUAGAUGCGUAUGCCUUUGUUACCGAACGUCGAGAAAAGCAGGCGGGAGGAGAGCAGCAGUAUCAAGAAAGAACGUUUGAUAUGCAUCGACUUGUGCGUCUAGCAACUCGAAAUUGGUUGAGAGAGCAUAGUCUGUGGAACAUGAGGGCGGAGAAAGUAUUGGCGCGCCUGGUAAAUGUUGUCCCUUACGGCAAUCACAUCAAAAGAGAGAUUUGGACAGCAUAUCUGCCCCAUGCUAUACAUGUUGCAGGUCUACCUGAAAUUUACAAUGCCAAUGCUAGGAUGUUGCUGCUGAGUCGAGUAGAGUAUUGUGAGCGAGCACUAGGACAUUACAAAGCUGCGGAACAUACUCUGCGACAGCUUCUUCCACAACUAGUCGAGGUGUUAGGAAAGGAGCACCCGAACACGCUGACAAGCAUGGACCACCUGGCACAGGCCCUCAGCAACCAGGGAAAGUACGUGGAGGCAGAGAAGAUACAUCGAGAGACGCUAGUACUAAGCGUGAAGGUGUGGGGAAAGGAGCAUCCAGAUACGUUAGUAAGCAUGAACAAUCUGGCCCUUGCUCUAGGUAACCAGGGAAAGUACGUGGAGGCAGAGAAGAUGCAUCGAGAGACGCUAGUACUAAGCGUGAAGGUGUUAGGAAAGGAGCAUCCAGACACGCUGACCCUCAUGAAUAAUCUGGCACAGGCACUGAGCAACCAGGGAAAGUACGUGGAGGCAGAGAAGAUGUAUCGAGAGACGCUGGCACUCAGAGUGACGGUGUCAGGAAAGGAGCAUCCAGCUACACUCACAAUCAUGAAUAAUCUGGCACAGGCACUAAGCGAUCAGGGAAAGUACAUGGAGGCAGAGAAGAUGUAUCGAGAGAUGCUGGUACUUAGAGUGAAGGUGUCAGGAAAGGAGCACCUAGAUACGCUGAGGUGCAUGAACAAUCUGGCCCUUGCUCUAGGCAACCAGGGAAAGCACGUGGAGGCAGAGAAGAUGCAUCGAGAGACGCUGGUGCUGAUCGUGAAGGUGUCGGGAAAGGAGCAUCUAGCUACGCUGGCGAUCAUGAAUAAUCUGGCACAGGCACUAAGCGAUCAGGGAAAGUAUGUGGAGGCAGAGAAGAUGCAUCGAGAGACGCUGGCACUCAGAGUGACGGUGUUAGGAAAGGAGCACCCAGAUACGUUAGUGAGCAUGAACAAUCUGGCACAGGCACUAAGCAGGCAGGGAAAGUACGUGGAGGCAGAGAAGAUGCAUCGAGAGAGGGUGGCACUGAGAGUGAAGGUGUUGGGAAAGGAGCAUCGUGUAUAA